AUGGCCAACAGGCACGAAAUCGACGUUGAUGGCGACCUCGUCCUGACGCUCAGCAGAAUGAGACUGGCCGAUGCGGAUGCAGAAGCUGAAGAUGAAGACGAAACCCUGCAAAACGACGAGUUGCGAGUUUCUUCAAAAGUGUUACAGCUUAAUUCGCCUGUCUUCAAAGCCAUGCUGGGAGGGAAAUUCAAAGAAGGGACCGAACUCGCCGAAAAGACCGGACCAGAGCCGUACGACUUGGAGCUCCCAGACGACGAUGUAGAAGCCAUGUCGAUACUGUGCCAGAUUCUUCACAACGUCUACGUCCCAGAGAUUCCGAAGCCCAUGUCAUUAGAGAAAUUGGCAUAUAUCUGCGAUAAGUACGAAUGCAUCAACGCCCUCAAGUACUGCGGCAUCGUGUGGAUCAGGGAUUGGCUCCAACAGUUUGAUGACGAGGUUCCCCCGAUGAGCGACUUUUGCCAUCUGUUGGUUUUCGCCUAUGUGAUAGACCUUCCAGUUGAGUUUUCGGAAAUUUCAUGGCGGAUAUUCCUAUACCAUGAAGGUCCCUUCUCGACGGGAUCAGAGCAGGUGAAGAUGCUCGUGGACCAUCCUUUGCUUCACACCGACAUCAUCAAGUGCCUCGAGAUCAAAAGACAUGAGUCCUGCAAUUCGUUCUACAAAGGCGUCAUCUGCCCAAUGAUGUGGGAUUGGGACACGUCAGACGCAGCCUGUUCCAGGGCGUCGAAGGCUCUUGGGUACUACGUAGAGACCCUCCACAAGUCCGACUUGCUUCCCAGGGACAUUGACUUUUCAAAACAUAAGUUCUGCAACCUCCUGGAUACGGCAUAG